GGGCUCUACCUCGACAGUUCUUAUUUGUUCAUGGUUACAAAUGAAUGAGUCCUUGGGUUGGGCUUAAGUACAGACGCUUUUAUCUACGAUAUCAGUGCUAAGAGAUGUGUAACUACAUCCUACUAACAAUAGCUAGGACACGUUUCAUCUGGAUAUAAACGUGGAGAAAAUAAGGUGUAAUAUCGACCCUUGUAGUACACCUAUGUGAGGGCGCUGCUAAUGUCAACGAUGUAUGCGGCGUUUGUUACAUUCUCGUUGCUGUCAGUAACGUCAUCGGCGACGGUGAUGACGAUUGAGGCAGAGACGUCACGGGGACAUCACCCUACACACCAUCGUGAUGGAGCUUCGGGCCUGAAAGCUGUAUACCUUCGAGAAGGUGACACCAUGUCCUUUCCUUUCUGCUUGAUGCAGCAAACUUAUGUGACGGUAAAGUCAGUGGGUUAUUCUAACGAUGGUGACCUUGACGACAUCAGCAUAUCUAUAGGGAAAGUGUAUCUAGGAAAAUUCACGUCUGACGUGCAGUAUGGAGGAGGUGCUUUCUGGAAAAAUUUCAAACCAUCAGGACAAAUUGGUGCUCCUGUUCUUCUCAACAGCGGCAUGCAUAGAAUCCGACUGAAGGUGAUGCGAUCGGAUACGUAUGGAGUGGAGGUGGAUAAUGUGUUGGUCAAUGUUGAAGAUUCGUCAAUUACAUCUGACUCUCAGACAUUUUCCUGUAAACUCCCAUGCCAGCAGGAGAGCUACUUAUUGAAGAGUCAGAUGCGAGAGCAAGUUUCCGACGGAUAUGUGUUACAACGAAGCUACCCAACCACCUGCGCCGAAGAGGAUAACAUAGAUAUUCCUGUCUUUCACAACACCGUGUCAGCAUACACGGUCACAGCAAUGUUACCAUCAUAUCAUUCCUUUCUGAAUUCCAGGACGGAGGAUACUUCCAACUGUCCAUUCCUUCCACCCAACUACUGGUCGUUCCGAAAUGUAGCCUUGGAUCAGCUUCUUCAUUCGACACGAUUUGUGUCCAACGGUGCCACGUUUGGUCUCAACGACAGCGUGUCUGAGGGUAUCAGCACACCUUUUCAGCUUGGUGUCGUCUUUAAGCUGAAGGGACGAUCUCAAGGAUAUGUUGAUUCAGAAAUUGGUUCGAGGAUUAACCUAAGGCUUAAUGGACUGACCAGCCCAGCGGACGUGUCGGUGUUUUACAAAGGAAGAGCCGAUACCUUUAUUAAAGAACCGAUCGUGAAGUUUACUGCAGUGUCUCCUUCUCACACGUGGAACAUCAAAGACUUUACCUGGACGGAGAGUGGCGACAAUGAGGUGAUCUUAAAGAUCUCCUCUUCUCAAAGUAGUGGCAUCGUCGUUGAAGAUUUCCAAAUGGAGCGACGAUACAUGGGUCCGGAUAAAGUAUUCAAAAUGUUUCAGAACGAUGAAAUUAUUAUUGAAGGAAUCGAUAUCGACUUCUGGUGGCGAGCGCCAGAGACUAUGAACAUCAAGCUGUCAACGACGGCUCAAACGUGGAAUAAAGUUGAUUAUUUCCGGAUAUCCUACUCUGUGCCCUGGAACAAUACGUGGAGCGAAGUGUUCGUGAUGUACCAGGAUGGGAAUGUUCGACUUCUCCCAAUCGUUCCCCUAGCAGUGGACUGGAUUCCUUUUGGAAGUUCUGUCAUCAUUGGUCAAACAAACGCUGAAGAUUUCAGACCAUCAGCGCCAAUAAGGGCCGUUCUGAUCAACCCGGAGACCUUGACAUUUGACGUGACCUACAUGGACGGUGGGAGAGCAACGUUAGAAUUAUCUUCCCUUGUUGAAAGGUCGGAGCUUCACGUGAGUAACACGCACUAUGAGGGCGACACCACCAGUCACCCCUUUGCUACCUUCCGCUCCAUGCACGUCAGAGACGGCUUCGACGACGCCGACAGCGUCACGACAGACAAGGAGGGACCGAAGCACGUGAUGGACGGUUGGACAACAAUGUCAGGGACGUCUUUCCUUCUCCACAGACGGUGUCAGUCGGACCAUCUCUCGCAAAGCCCUGAUAUAAGGCUGGACAUUAACAGGGCGUGAACUAUUCCACUAAGUGUUUAAUCAGUGGCAACAUGACAUUAAACCAGCUUCGUACCCAUAAUGUUCAUUCUUUAUUGCAGUGAACAUUAUUAAAAAAGGCAGGAAUGUACGUAACCUUGUUGCGGGCCUGUGUUUACCUUAUACACAACUGGCUUUCCACAUUACAGCGCGCGUGACUCUUGAUAUUCCCAAUAUCUUUAAUACACAUAACUUUUGAAACUGUUCGUUCAUACUCUUGUAAAUUUUGUUACAAUUUAGCAAACUCGUGCCAAUUAUUCAUGUUGCACUGAUUUACACCGAUUUUCAUAAUUAUUGUCACCCUGAGAUAUAUGCGUGUUAAUAUAGAGGUGAUAUAGAGGUUAAUAACUUUGAGCGGGUCGACCACAAAGUCAUGUGACUUCUUGUCUAACGAGCAGACCUUUUUACAAAAGUAUGAACAUUAUGUGUUAAUAACUGGAAGUUCUGAAAUGAAGGUACGUUAAGGAUUGUUGAUUGUCAUACAUUGAUAUACAGAUACAAAUGGCUUUAAACUAUCGGAAAUAUCUAGACUUUUAUGAACAUUAACUUUCCAUUCCCGGUUUUGACAUAUACUUCAAUUUUAGAAAUGGCCGUUCAUUAUUGUUAAUAUUUUGCAGGAAAUAGUGCACAAUUUCAUCUUACGUCAUGGCAGUACUUCAUGUAUUUAGUUUUUCUCAUAUAAUCCUCCUUGGAACUUGAAACUCGUACGUACGAUGCUUUGUCAAUCGCCCCAAUACUGGAACAAGUCUAUGCUCACUCCCUCACUUUGGCCUCUCCCCCCACAAGCUGACAUGCUGUGAUGUAUCUGAAAUACUGUCCAAAGGGUAACCUCCCAUUUGUCAGACAGCAUAUACCAGGGUUAGUCAAGGUUGGUUAGUCAAGCAAUAGUUACCUGUUUACCUUUCAUUAAAGUUGAGCCAGAAACCUAUGAUUGUGGGUUCAAAUCCCGGUUCGCUCCGAUUAUGUUUUUUUUGGUUUGUCAGCACCAUACCCGUGCUCGUGGGAUAAACGUCUGAGACCUGCAUCACUUCGGGCUUUCCUCCCACAUUAAGCUGACACGCCGCGAUAUAAUUCGAAUACUGUUAAAAGCGGCGUUAAACACAACUCACUCACUCACUUACUCAUUAAAGUGGAACAGACCGGAAAACACGCAUUUUGUGGAAUUUACAGAAUAGGUUUAUUAUGUACUUUUAAUCAUCAAAUCAUACCAGAUAUCACACUUUAUGACGUUUUCAUUACAUUAUUUCAAAAGACAAUAACAUCUCCAGUGUGUGGUCUGGCCUCUGACAUAUGUUUUGCUGACGAUACUUGUACUUAUAAAGCACAAGCAAUGUAAUGUUAUGCAUAUGUACAUAAUUACUCCAUUUAUGUUUCGUUUAUAACGAGUAACGUUCCAUGCCCACAAUGAGUGAGUGAGUGAGUAUGGUUUUACUCCGCUUUGAGCAAUAUUCCAGCAAUGUGGUCGGCGUGGCGCGCAAACUUGGAAUAUACUACAGGACAUGACUAAUAGCAUGUAUAUCGAUCAUGAAUAAACGCUACUGAACUGA